CGAAAACCAACCCAGGGCUGGAUUUAGCUUGAGAUCACAGGCGGCUGAGAUCUCAUGGGGAUGCUCCAGCGUAGGAAUUGCCAUCUUCCACUAAGCUCAGGGGUUUGGUGGUUCAUUUGUGUGUGUAAUCCUCCCUGGGUAAAGCUACUAAGAAUAAUGCAGAAAAUAAGUUGAUGGAUGGGAGGCACCCCCUUACAAGUUCCCCUGAGCAGCCGGUGGCAGUGUGGGGCAUGGCAGCAGUGUGGCAGCAGGUGCUCGCUGUAGAUGCACGGUACAACGCAUAUCGCACCCCAAACUUCCCGCAGUUCCGCACACAGUAUAUCCGCCGGCGCAGCCAGCUGCUGCGGGACAACGCCAAAGCCGGCUACGAUCCCUCGCUCCGCAAGCAGUACCUGCGACUGCGCAGCCAGCUCCUGGCCCAGCGCUACGGCCCUCUCUCAGAACAGAGCAGCUUUCGUGCCUACAGCAACAGCAUUGUCCGAAGCAGUCGCACCACACUCGACCGCAUGGAGGAUUUUGAUGACGACCCAAGAGCACUGGGCGCCCGUGGCCACCGCCGCUCUGUCAGCCGAGGGUCCUACCAGCUGCAGGCUCAAAUGAACCGAGCUGUCUACGAUGAGAGACCCCCUGGCAGCGUUGUCCCCACUUCAGUGGCAGAAGCAAGCCGUGCCAUGGCCGGGGAUACAACACUAAGUGAGAACUAUGCCUUUGCUGGCAUGUACCAUAUCUUUGACCAGCACGUGGAUGAGGCUGUGCCCAAGGUUCAGUUUGCCAAUGAUGAUAAACACCUGCUAGCUUGCUGCUCGCUAGAUGGCACCAUCUCAGUGUGCCAGUUGGUGCCCACUCCUCCUGUGGUGCUGCGGGUCCUAAAGGGACACAGCCGGGGUGUUUCUGACUUUGCCUGGUCCCUCUCCAAUGACAUUAUCGUUUCUACUUCACUUGAUGCCACAAUGCGCAUUUGGGCGACAGAGGAUGGCAAGUGCAUCCGGGAAAUUCCAGAUCCAGAUACCUCUGAGCUGCUCUGCUGCACUUUCCAGCCAAUGAACAAUAAUCUCACGGUGGUGGGGAAUGGAAAGCACAACCUCCAUGUUGUGAACAUCUCAACAGGGAAAAAAGUGAAAGGCGGCUCAAGCAAGCUCACUGGCAGAGUCCUGUCUCUCUCCUUUGAUUCAUCUGGCCGUAUCCUCUGGGCAGGAGAUGACAAAGGCAGCAUAUUUUCUUUCCUCUUUGACAUGGCAACAGGAAAACUGACUAAGGCCAAACGGCUGGUGGUUAAUGAGGGUAGCUCUAUCACCAGCAUCUCAGCCCGUUCCUGGAUCAGCAGAGAAGCACGGGACCCCUCUCUCCUCAUCAAUGCCUGUAUUAACAAGCUGCUCCUCUAUAGGGUAGUGGACAAUGAAGGAACACUCCAGCUUAAGAGAAGUUUUCAGAUACAGCAGAGCUCACAUCCUGUCCGUAGCAUUUUCUGCCCUCUUAUGUCCUUCCGCCAAGGAGCUUGUGUUGUGACUGGCAGUGAGGAUAUGUGUGUCUACUUCUUUGAUGUGGAACGUGCCACCAAGGCCAUCGUUAACAAACUGCAAGGACAUAGUGCUGCUGUGCUGGAUGUCAGCUUUAACUGUGAUGAGAGCUUGUUGGCAUCCAGUGAUGCCAAAGGCAUGGUUAUUGUCUGGAAGAGAGAACAGAAGUAGCAUUCCUUCCCUUGACAAAUGAUGAACAGACUUUGAGAUUUCUGCAGAAGGCAACCCAAGUGGAAGUCAGAAGCCCUGAAAGAAAAUGGAUGGGCCUGUUUUUCCUCCUCUUGUUGGUAGUUUUACAUCUUCUGCAGCUAGGAAGGUACCUGAAUAUACUUCUGCAGUGCACCAGCAUCCAUUGCUUCUCUACUCUUCUGUUUUUUGUAUAGUAGACAAAGGAGUCAGGUUAUCCUAGAAGUUUUGUUUUCUUCUGUUGUGGUUUAUGGUGUUUGAUGUUGUGUCCUGUUGAUGACAGCUGCAGUCACUGUUGACUGAAAAAGAAGAUUGCAUUCGUUGCUUUUUAAUUGGCAGGGUAGGAUUUCAGGAGAGUUUUUUCCUUGACUCAUGAAUACAUAGUUUUAUGAGUUUAUAUAGUUUUCCAAGUUCCGUUUAGUAGCAAGGUACUCUUUGCUGCUGCAAAACUAUGUCAAUGCCCCAAUGAUGUCCUCUUCCCAUUUGGAAAUAAUGGGAUUAGUAAUAUUUAACACAUUCUAUUAGGAAGACUACAAACAUAAGGGCAAUCAUUCACCAGUUUUGCUCUCGUUGCCUGCCACAGGUCACAAAAGCAGGCAUGCAACUGCUGCUCUGACCUGAGGAAGCUGAGAAACACAACAGCCAGCACGAGUAGGCCCAUAUGAUGUCCUUGUUACCCCAUGCAGGACCAGUAGGAUUUUGGUCCAUGAGUUGAGUGAUUGUGCUUAGUGCUACAUCACAUCAGGAAGCAAGACCUUUGCUUUUCCCUCUUGGGCACUAGACUAAGCUGUCUGUGUUGCAGGUUCAACUCUAAUUAUUAGCCUAUGUGUUUAACUUGUGAACUCUUUGGCAUCCUCUUUGUGCACCGACUCCCCAUCAACGUGAUAGAAUUCCAGUUGCUCCUUUCCACAUUGGACUUCUAGCUCUAGUAUGUUUCUUGGGAGAAAUUUCCAAUGACUGAAUGUCUUCCUAGCUUGAUGGAGAAGAGGACAGGGAUGGCAGAAAUUGCAUACAAUGAACAGAGGAUUUGUUUUCACAAACAUUGACUGCUUCAAAUACUGUUGUUUGGGAUUUAUAAAAAUGCUGGGAUAUUUCUGACACCUGUAGGCAAAAACAGCUUCUCCUUGGAAGCCAAGGAGUCUGAAAAUUGCAGCCACUUGAUGCAAUUGCAUUUUGCCACUUGUCUUCUACAGCAUGGAUUUGUAAGGCGGGGGGUUGUUACUGUAUUUAAUUUUUUCUGCAUUAUGGCUGUGAUAUUUUCCUUACCUUUAAUUUUGUUCUCUUUUCUGUGAAUUAGGAUUAAGUUUCUAAAUUCCGUCACUGAAAAAUGGUGACAGUUGGUACUUGUCUACAUAGGUUUCUCAGGCAGGUACCUGGAAGGUAGGAGCUGACUUGGGUGAUGUUUCAAAGUUCCUUAUUAGUGUCAUACAGUCACUUUAUGAAGAAGCAUGAGCAGAGCUAAGUGAAUCAUAUCUCUGAAAGAGCAAGCCAGCUUAUAUCUGUGCUUCAGACUACACAACCCUAAUGCAGAGUUGAGAUAUAUAGUACAAAUUAAAGAAUUAAGAGAAAUGUGUAUUAAUGGUGGCUGGAAAAUGUUUGCAACCUGUAAUGUAGCUAUUUCAACUCUAUGUGAAGAAUAUUCACAUUAGGUAAAGGACAAAGAAUUAGGAUAUUCCCGAAAACAAUAACUGAGAACAUAUAGCACUACUGCUGUUGAGAUGCCAGUGCCACCCUCUUUGACAGGCCUUGUGAAUGGGAACGACAAGAACUGGAGUUCAAGUACUACUAAAUCUAGAGUGCUGUAGUUUUAUAGCACUGCUGCAAAAGAGACAGGGACUGAAUUUAAAAAGGCACGGGGACAUCAAACAGAGGCUUCUCACAGCCAGAUAUAUUUAAGCAAAAGUCAAACUCUGAAUGCUGUGCUAACAAAUAACAUGGCUGUAGUCCUCAUGAACCAUUACUGCAUCUUGUCUUAUCCCAUUUUUAAAAAAUAAAGGAUAUCUAAUAUCUCACACUUUUUUGUGAAA